UCUUCAGAAAUAAUGAAGACUGUUACGCUGAUAACUUUCUUUGUUUUCUUCAGCUACAUUAAAUGUCAAACUUUUCAGAGAAGUUUACUAGAUGCAGCCAUGCUGCAUAUUAAUAGGCAGAAUUACUUAGAGGAGAACUUAAGAGACCUCACCAGCAUUAUGGUUGCUCAGUUUCUUCAGAAAGCAACUUACGAAGAAGUACAAACCAUCGCUAAAGAGCUGCUAGAUCUUACAGAGAAAUGCAAGAACCUUCAGCCACAUGAGUUACCCUCAGAAUGUGCUCACCAAUUGGCCAUCACAAAGCUGCCCUACCCAUACCAGCCUGGGUGCAGCAUCAAUGUGAUGUCUGAAGGAAGAGGCAGUCAAGGACUCAGGUCUCCUGUGAACUCACUCCUGUGCAUAGCUGCAGUCCUAGCUCUGUGGCCUCCAUCUGGGGGCCGCUUUGUAGGGGAACUUCAGUAUAAUUAUGAAACUUCUAGAAGGCAUCCAUUCUUGUACGGGCCCACUAUCCUGACCACGUCUGCCUGCUAUGAAGCUGCUAUUCAGUCAUGUUGCCAAAAAGAAAAUAAGACUGAAUGCCUCCAGAUAAAGCUUGCACCCAUCAGAAAAUACAUCAGAGGAAUAUCUUUGAGACAUUAUCAUUUAUGUGAAAUUGGGAAUAACUUCAGCCACAAAGUAGCAAAAGCAGUGGAACUAGUUCUGCUGACUAAAAAACAACCGAAAGCUGACUUUUCUGAAAUCGCCAAACUGACCACAGACACUAAAAAUCUGCAUCAGAUCUGUUGUGAUGGAAACGCAGUAGCAUGUGCUCUGGGCAGGGCUCAGCUUAUGAGCUACAUCUGCUCUAACCAGGCUAUGCUAUCCAGCAAGAUCACCCAGUGCUGCGAGCAGCCAGCGCCCUUCCGCGGGGAGUGCAUUAUCAACUCAGAGAACGACAGACCUGCCCUUUCUUCCCUGCCACUCAGCAGGUUUACAGAAGACCCGUUUGUGUGCAAACACUUUGCCGACAAGGAAGAUGACUUCCUGCAGGAGUUUCUUUAUGAAUAUUCAAGAAGACAUCCAGAAUUGGCAGUUACAGUGAUUUUAAGAGUGGAGGAAGCAUAUAAAAAGGAAUUGGAAAAUUGCUGUAAAUUAGAAAACCCUCUGGAAUGCUAUAGUCAUGGGGAAGACAUGUUCCAAACGGUGGUGCGUGAAGGCCGUGACCGUGUAAAACAUCACUGUGAUUUACGUGAGAAGUUAGGAGACAGUGACUUCCACGACAGGCUCGUGGUCCUUUACACUAAGAAAGCCCCUCAACUAUCUGCUCAAGAGCUGGUUUCAUUCACAACGAAGAUGGCAGCUAUUGCCACCAAGUGUUGCCCGCUGAGUGAUGAGCAGCAGUUUUUCUGCAUGGAAGACUCGACAAAACUAAUUGUUGGAGAUUUAUGCAGAAGACAUGAGGCUGAGCCUAUCAAUGCUGGUGUGGGUCACUGCUGUAAUGGCUCCUAUGCCUUCAGGAAGCCAUGCUUUGAUGACCUGCAAGUUGAUGGGACUUAUGUUUCUCCGUCUUUAUCUUGUGACCAAGUCAUCAGUCUUAAAGAGGAAUUGUGCGAAGCUCAGGAGGAGGAACUUCAAAUUGAAAAGCAAAAGCUCCUCAGCGACUUUGUGAGGCAGAAACGGUAUGCAGCGGAGAUGCAGUUACAAUCAAUUGUCAUGGAUUUUACUCACCUGGUGGAGAAGUGCUGUCAAGCAGAGAAGAGUGGAGUAUGUUUUCAAGAAGAGGAGUCCAAACUGAUCAAAAAAUGCCAGUCCUUCUUGGAAGGCUAAAUGAUCCCAGAAAAUGUCAACGUAGGAUCUUUGCUGAGGUCUGCAUUUUUAUUUUCCACCAAUUAUGAAACCCAUGUCGGAUACUCAAAAUAAAAAUC